CUCCUCCUCCUCCCAUGGGCUGUGUCCACUGUCACAAGAUGCAACAGAUCCAACAAACUGAUGAUACCGUCUCAUCCUUCGAGAACAGACGAUUUGGCCUGAUAUAGAUGAAGUAGUUUCAAUCAAAGUUAACAUCGCAGACGUUUUUCGCAUGCGGUUUUAUUUUAAAUAACGUUGUGAUUAAGGAAUAAUGCGCACGCACGUGACAGCCGAGUGUUGUCAACGACAAGGUGACAUGAGUUUUGAAAGCGAAGAAAUGGAGUCAUUUUUAGAGUAGUUUGACUUUUAUUUGAACUAUGUUUUUCUCUCAAAGUUUUUCUUUGUAAAUGUAAUGAUAAAUGCCCAAGCGUUCGUGUUCAAUUUGCACGUAAUAAGCGGAUGGUUUGCUCGUGUUUUGGUGUUUACUAUCGUGUCAAAGUGCCCAAGAAUGAGGAACAACCCAAGCAUCCACCCAUAGACUGAAAAUCAAGAAGAGUUUCUCCGUUAACAGGUGGUUCUUCGCGCCUCUGAUGGUCAUGUUGACGGCAGAAACUCUCUACCGUUGUUCGACAUUCAUAACUGACGACAGCUGCGCAGGUUUAGAAAGCCAAGAGAGUUACUAGGUAAAAGUCUCUCUAUCUAAAUCUAUGAUUAGCUCGGUGUGUGUUUCGUCGUACCGCGGGCGCAAGUCAGGCAACAAACCUCCUUCCAAAUCAUGUCUGAAGGAAGAGAUGGCCAGAGGCGAAAACUCGGACAAAAUCAUCAUCAACGUCGGUGGCACGCGCCACGAAACCUACAGGAGCACCCUUAGGACCAUACCGGGCACGAGACUCGCCUAUCUCGCCGACACGGACCACCAGGUGAACCCGAACCCAGCCACGGGACAGACACCCACCACCGGCGAAUUCUUUUUUGACCGACACCCGAGCAUAUUCGGCUAUGUGCUGAACUACUACAGGACUGGCAAGCUCCACUGCCCGGCGGAUGUGUGCGGCCCUCUGUUCGAGGAGGAGUUGGCAUUUUGGGGCAUCGAUGAGACGGACGUGGAGCCCUGUUGCUGGAUGACCUACCGCCAGCACAGGGACGCAGAAGAGGCGCUUGAGAUUUUCGAACCGCCAGAUCCGGAGGAUGCGGAGGAUGACCAGGACAUGCCCAGACGCUUCGGCAUCGAGGACAGCCUUGACCGCACCAGGGGAUACUGUGAAGUUUGGCAACCAAAAAUAUGGGCGCUCUUUGAAGAUCCAUAUUCUUCGCGUGCAGCCCGGGUUAUUGCCUUUGUCUCCCUGUUUUUCAUCCUGGUGUCCAUCACUAACUUCUGCCUGGAGACUCAUGAGGUCUUCAAUGAACUUCGCAAUGUCACAUCUACAAAUACUGAAAUCAACACCACCAUGACCCCCGUCACCCCGAAGAUGGAGAUGGAGCCCAAACCAGUUCUCACAUUGGUGGAGGGAAUCUGCGUGGUGUGGUUUACCUUUGAGUUCCUGGUCCGCAUCAUAUGUUGCCCGAACAAGCUUCUCUUCAUCAAGAACCAGCUAAACAUCAUUGACUUUGUUGCCAUCCUGCCCUACUAUCUGGAGAUGAGUUUGAGUGGCGUCAAAUCCGAAGCUGCCAAGGACGUCCUGGGCUUUCUGCGUGUGGUCCGUUUUGUGCGCAUCCUAAGGAUCUUUAAGCUCACUCGACACUUUGUGGGUCUCAGGGUCCUCGGCCACACCUUGCGGGCGAGUGUGAAUGAGUUCUGUCUGCUCAUCAUCUUUCUUGCGCUUGGGGUGCUCAUCUUCGCCACCAUGAUCUACUACGCCGAACGUCUUAGCGCAGAUCCCCAAGACCCUAGCGGCUGCAACCACACGCAUUUCAAGAACAUUCCCAUCGGCUUCUGGUGGGCGGUGAUCACCAUGACCACAGUAGGUUAUGGAGACAUGUACCCUAAGACAUGGCUGGGCAUGAUGGUCGGUGCGUUAUGCGCAUUAGCAGGUGUGCUUACCAUCGCCAUGCCAGUGCCCAUUAUUGUUAACAAUUUUGGGAUGUACUACUCGCUGGCUAUGGCCAAGCAGAAGUUGCCCAAGAAGAAGAAGAAGCACAACCCAAACCCAAACCCACACGUGGUUACAAACUCAUUUGGGAAGUCUGAAAGCAAUUCACCAGGGAACAGCACACAGAGCGACACGUGCCCCCUCGCCGCUGAGGAGAACCUUGGAAGAAAGCGCUCAGAUUCAAAACAGAAUGGUGAUGCUACGGUAACUCUUUCUGAAGAGGAGAGCUGCACUCUGACCCAAACGCUCUCUCCGGGCGAGAGGUGGACGCUCCGAUGCUCACACAACAGAGACAAGACCUUGAAAGAGGCAUCUUGCUUCCUGCUAAAUUCUGGAGACUUUUCUUGUGGAGCUGAACCCACCAUCCACACAGAGAGCUGUAAAGAUGCGCUCACAUCCCCAGCAAACUACACUCAAGCAGAAGUUACUACCCUGACCUGAGGGGGGUUUGUCCUUGUCUGGGAUGCUCACCAGUCUUUCAUCUUCUUAUCAAUCAUGCAUCGUCUUUCUCAGUCAAGAAUAUGGAACGUCAUCAUGUACAUCUGUCCAUUUUCAAGCUACCAGGCAUCUAUUUGCAUGACAGCAGUGCACGUUAAGAUCUAUAAAGCAUUUCUCCCCCCAGGAUUCUCAGCUUGUCUUUAUUUGGACGAAAGCAGAAAGCGGUCUGUGUCUGUCUGUGCCUGUACAGUAUCAUUUCAGAGAUCACAGGCCAACUAACACGACUCGAAGAAUGCCCCGUUUAUCACUGUACAAAGAACUGCUGAACAGGGAUGUACAAGAACAGUUUUCCAAAAGUAUUUUAAUUCAAAAUUUCAGAAGGAAAUAUAUAAAGUUUCAGUUUUUCUUAUAAAAAAAAAAACAGCAAAGCAGCUUUAUAAAAGAGCACAGUAGCACCUGCGUGUUUUCCCAAUAAUUGUCCAUCGUUUUCUGUAACCAAACUACAUAAAGUCCUGCAUUUAUAAUCAUCAGCCAUUAAUAAUCAUUACAUCGCUGGUUGAGAUGGGAC